CUUUACCGUAUGCAUUUCUGCCUCAUUAUGCAAAUGAGGAGGGCUGCCUUCUUGCUCCAGCUCCUCUGCUAUUGGUCAACAAACAAGAAGGAGCAGGAUCCAUGUGCAGAUCGAUUGUGCAUGCCUGGGUCUUUGACUUCUGUUUUAACAACCAACGUAUUGUAAUGGAGGGAGCGGAAAGACGGUCUGUGUCGGACUUGUUAAGGGAAGCUGCAAAUAGAUUGGAUGAGUUGAAACGCGCAUCUGCCGGUUCAACUCCACAAGCACGAGGCCCCACCAUAACGCCAAGGAUCAACACAAUGUCAACAACACCUGGAAUGUCAAAUGUUGCAGGACGACAUCCUGUUGAUGUUGAGGUGUCAAGACUGUUUACAAGCAGAUCAAGUAGAAGGCAUCAAAGACGCAGCAAUGCAACUGUCAGCCUCGCCACAUAUACACACAUUUUUUGUUGCCUUGGGCGAAAAGAUUCAACAGUUGUUCCGAGGCGACCAGAGAAGGAAUGUCUCCAAAGGGCAGGACUAGGUGAGCGGCGCAUAUGUUUCCGAGGUGACUUUCACAGCUGUGAGGAAUUAACAGAUUGUCUUUAUCAAAUCUUUCCAAAGUUGAGGACUGCAGGUGGCUAUGAGUUGCUCAAAAGCUCUGGUAACACAAGGAGCCGCCAGCUCUCUGUUAUACAGUGCCCAAAUGAAGGGUACAGUGUGCAAUAUCUGAAGGAACCAAGCACUAUGAUUCACCACUCUAUAAUUUACAUCCGCCCUCUACAGUGCCAUCUCAGCUUGGAGCCGGUAAAUAUAUCUGCUUUUAGCUAA